CCGCGCCCCAUCUCCAAUCCCACCCAUCGCUCCAUCUCUCUCCACACACAGCAGCUUCUCCCUCAGCCUUCAGCCAGUUCCAUACCCAUCACCACUGCGCGAGACUCGCACCUGCAGCCGAGCACGCGCCCGCCCGCCGAGCCUCCAGCAACUUCAGCCCACUGAACCCAGUCUAAGAGAGGAGCGCUGGAUCAGACCUGUUCAUGACUGGUGGAGGUACUGGCAGCGGGCCAGUAUGGAGUGCUCGUGGAAGACAGUGCUGCUGUUGGUGUGUGCGUUUUUGGGGGUGCAGUACACUGCCAUCCGCUCCCUUCAGGACUUGUUCCCUGGGCCCUGUCCGGAUUCUGGCCAAUGUCAGGGACGCCUGGGUAAAGAUCACAGAUGGAAAUUCUCCUGCGACGACAACUCCGUACCCACGGAGCAUAGCGUGGCCUCUGCUCGUCGGAAGCACAUACUUCUUUUCGCACAAACCCGCAGCGGCUCCUCCUUCACAGGACAGCUGUUUAACCAACACCCUGAGAUCUUCUAUGUGUUUGAGCCACUUUAUCAUGUCCAGCAGACCUUCACCAACUCCAGCAGCCGUCUCCGGAGGGCUUUGGAUGGCCGGGCUCUUCUGGGAGCCUACAGAGACCUCCUGCUCAACCUCUACACCUGUGACCUCACCUUCCUGGAGAAUUACAUUCGACCCGAUCCACAGGAUCACAUGACAGCCUCCUUCUUCCGCCGGAGCUCCAGCCAGGCCUUGUGUUCGCCACCUGUCUGCCAAGAGGGAGACGUGGAGAUUCGAGGAGGGCAACCGGACGAGAUCUGGUGUCCUAAAAAAUGCGGGACCUUGAACCUUACCUUGGCAUCGAUUGCUUGCCAGACCCGAAGCCACGUGGCCAUCAAGACAGUACGGAUCCCUCUGAUCGGAGAUUUACGCACACUGUCAGAGGACCCACGUCUAGAUUUGCGAAUUGUCCACCUAGUAAGAGACCCCAGAGCCAUCUUGGCUUCCCGUAUGACUGCAUUUGCUGAUCAAUUUAGGGCCUGGAAGAUCUGGAAUGCCACAGAUCGCCAACCACGUUAUGUGGACCUGACACAGAUCACCAAAACAUGCAGAGACAUGGAGUAUUCCGUGGCGAAUUCUUUGCAAAGACCAGCAUGGCUAAAAGGACGUUACCUGCUGGUGCGCUACGAGGACCUGGCGCUAAACCCUGAAGACAAGGUUAAAGAGAUCUACAGAUUCCUGGGCUUGGAUAUAGACAAUAGAGUCCUCACAUGGAUUUCUCAAAACACUAAUUCAACUACCCCGUCCUCUUCAGAGUGGAAUUACAAGUAUUCUACCAGUAGAAACUCCAAGGCCACAGCCCACAGCUGGAGACUGCGACUUGGCUUUGACAUUGUGAAGACAGUACAGAGUUUAUGUAACACUACUUUUGCCUUAUUGGGGUACAAACAGGUACAGUCUGAGGCAGAGCUAAGAGACAUGAAGAACAGUUUAGUAGAGCCCAGAACUUUUUAGACACUUCAGUUCCUCCAAAAAAGAUUGAGUUGUUUCCAUUUCCUAUUCCCCAAAUGUAUGUUUUUUUUAUAAUCUGACAUUUUCACACCUACAUCAGUCAAAAUCAUGUUUUUUAAGGUGAAUAUUAAAUUUGAUUCUUUAGAAGAAAAAUCAUCAAACUUAUUAUUUGGGUCCAGGAUUAUUGGGCACAAGGCAGGAAUACUCUCAGGACCACCCUGCAGUCCAUCACAGGGUGAUCCCCGUAAAUGUGUCAUGGUCCAGUGCAUACAUUACACUUUAUUAUAACCAAUGACUGUAUGUAAGCAUAGACAGCGCAAGCGAAGCCACCACUGAUUUAGUGCUUCUGCUUCCUUCAUGCAGUAUGAUGUGUAGCUUCCCCCAUUCUCAUGUGUUUCAGUGGCAAAACAUCUUUUAUGUUGGCUUGAAUGGAACACCUGUCUGUAUUACAAGAAGAAACAGAGUUGAGAAGAGCUGUUGUCGAGCAAAUAGUAUGUUAAUCAUAAUAUUGAUCAUGUUUUGCUCUUGGACACAUUAACAGACACUCUCUUCUAAGUUCUUUGCCGUAUUCUUGUAAGACUGAUGUUGCAUAAAAUGGCCAUAUAUAUCAAUGUCAUUUAAUUAGUUGUUAGUAUUUUUAAACAUGCUGGAUUUCAUAGUAUUUGUUCUUAGAUUCGCACAGCAUACAGGCACACCACAUUUAAACUCUGGUGUGAACUAGAUCCAAUAAUAUUUAAAAUAACUUUUAAUUUAAUCUCACAGCAACUCAGGGGUUUAGCUAGACUUCCUAGUAGCUUCAAUUCAACUCAGCAUUACACUGGGUAUCAAGGGGACAUUUGCAUCUAAGGUGCAGGCUGUGCAAGAUUUGCACUAUGGAAUGGAUGGAAAAUAAAUCCAGCUGCCCAUGCUUAUAUACAGUCAUUGGUAAUGACCAAUGGCAAACACUUUUUGUUAAAUACUAUCUCGCCAUUUAAAAUCUUUAAUAAUGUUUCAAUGUUUCAGAUAACAGUAACCUGCAGGUUGAAUAUGCCUUGCUGUUUGAUCACAGCAAAUAUCUGUUAGAUCUCUAACACUGUUACAUAUAAUGAUUCAAUAACAAUGUAUGAAUCACACUUACAACCGCAAGGUGUGACUCACACCCUCUUGCUUUUUCAAUAAUGCUGGAAUUAAAUGCUGUGGAAAGAUCAGUGCCUCGCCUCAGGUAUGAAGUCUCAACAACAGAGAACAUGCCUUUAAUGUAACUACUAUACUGUGGUUGCUGGGAUGAAUCCAGCAAAGAAACACAGUGGUUAUUUGUGCACAAUAUUGUUUUUAUUAUUUAAU